AUGUUCCAAGAGACCGAGUCGCGGUCGGGAGACGACCCGGUCGUCGCCGUUCGCCUUCUAGUCGUGGUUCUCCGUCUCCCCCGCCUCGAGGUUCUCGGCGAGAUUGCAGUUCCUCUGUUGGACGGCCUUCCAAGCAGCGGUCCAGGUCCCCGAGACGAACAGCGCCCGGGCACCGUGAUACGCGACGGAAGCGGAGCCCUUCCAGAAGCCGUUCGACCGCUUCACCUUCACCCAACAGGCGACCAGUCACCAAGCGUCGCAGGUACUCCUCAUCUAGAAGCAGAUCACCAGUACUCGACAGGAGAUCCCGGAGCAGAUCCUCGAGCAGUGCGUCAUCGCGAAGAUCGAGAUCCCGAAGUCGCAGCCCCAGACGCCAGUCAUACAGCAAUCGUGCUGAGAAUCGCGUACAAGGACGUCGAAAACGUCGCAGCAGCAGUGCUUCUGGUCUGCCGGAUAGCGACAAGGGCGGCACCAAAUCAGACCACGAUGGGCAACAAGAAAGAAGACGUCGGAGAGACGAACCAGCUGGGGCCAAGCGUCGUGGUACAUCAUCGGCGUCGUCGAGGUCUGGACAUGGCUCUACGUAGGAGGCUUUGCGUCCAGGCCUCUGAGGAUGGCGGGAACACAGAUGAGAAGCUCGAACAAUGGACCUCCCGGCAAGCCUAA